UCCUACCUUUGGGUCUUCUUAAAUCCCCAUGCAUUCUUCAAAUUCACGUAGAGAAUAGUCUUCCUGUGUAAGUCUGUAUACAACAAGCCCCUCUCACCAUGGCAAGCGUCCUACACUCCAACCUAGGUGUGUGGGAGAGAAAAAUCCCACUCCGGCAAUCAAAAACAGAUUUCUCCGGCAAAGCAAACUACCCCUCGAUCGCCCUCUUGCAAUUAGACAAGCUAGCCAAUGGAGGUAGCCACUUAAAGGGUCCCUCUCGAAUGGUCCGGGCUCAAGCUGUGACUUCUGAGGUUCCAAAACGGUCGUCCACCGAAAUUAAGACCCCAACUCUCCUAACCGAGAAGGAGAAGAUGCUUGCAAAUUAUGUACCUGUCUAUGUCAUGCUCCAAUUGGGUGUUGUUACAGCUGAAAAUGUGUUAGAAAACAAAGAAGGGCUGAGGAAACAGCUGAAGCAACUCAGAGCAGCUGACGUGGACGGCGUGAUGGUGGAUAUAUGGUGGGGCAUCAUAGAGAACAAGGGCCCCAAGAAAUGUGAUUGGAGAGCAUAUAGGAGCCUAUUCGAGCUUGUGCAAGAAUGUGGGCUGAAACUUCAGGCCAUCAUGUCAUUCCAUCAGUGUGGUGGGAAUGUGGGGGAUAUUGUUAAUAUACCCAUCCCACAAUGGAUCCGAGACAUUGGAGAAUCGGAUCCGGAUAUCUACUACACCAAUAGAAGGGGCACCCGAAAUAUUGAAUACCUUAGCAUUGGUGUUGAUAAUCAGCCCCUUUUUGGUGGCCGUACAGCUGUGGAGCUUUAUAGAGACUACAUGAAGAGCUUUAAGGAGAAUAUGGCGGAUUUCUUGGAAGCUGGGCUCAUUACUGAUAUUGAGGUGGGCCUGGGCCCAGCUGGUGAGCUCAGAUUUCCCUCUUAUCCACAGUCUCAAGGAUGGGUAUUUCCAGGAAUUGGAGAAUUUCAGUGCUACGACAAAUAUCUGAAAGACGAAUUCAAAGAGGCCGCAAUGCAGGCGGGCCAUCCCGAGUGGGACGUGCCUGAUGAUGCAGGGGAGUACAACGACACGCCCGACUCAACUGAGUUCUUCAAAAAGGAUGGGACGUAUCUCACCGAGAAAGGAAAGUUCUUUCUGACAUGGUACUCAAACAGGUUGAUUAUUCAUGGCGAUCAGAUCCUUGAUGAGGCUAAUAAAAUUUUCUUGGGCUAUAAACUCAAGCUAGCAGCUAAGGUAUCAGGAAUUCACUGGUGGUACAAAGCUCCAAACCACGCCGCCGAACUCACUUCAGGAUACUACAACUUGGACGAUCGAGAUGGGUAUAGAACCAUAGCGAGGAUGCUGUCGAGACAUUACGCCAUAUUGAAUUUUACAUGCAUUGAGAUGAGAGACUCGGAGCAGAGUGCAGAAGCUAAAAGUGGGCCUGAGGAGCUCGUUCAGCAGGUGUUGAGUGGGGGUUGGAGAGAGAGCAUCGAAGUCGCGUGUGAAAAUGCACUUUCAAGGUAUGAUAGGACGGCUUAUAACCAGAUCCUGAAGAACGCAAGGCCAAAUGGAGUCAACAGAAAUGGACCACCAAAGUUACGGAUCGCAUCAUUGACAUAUCUCCGAUUAUCAGACGAACUCUUGACUGGAAAGAAUUUUAGGAUAUUCAAAACAUUCGUGAGGAAAAUGCACGCCGAUCAGGAUUACUGUCCAGACCCACAAAAGUACUACGAUCCCUUGGUCCCUUUGGAGCGAUCAAAACCAAAGAUUCCAAUUGAGGUAAUUCUAGAAGCAACAAAACCAGAGAAGCCAUUCCCAUUCGAUCCUGAAACAGAUAUGAGUGUCGGCGGCAACUUUGCUGAUUGGCUCGACAAUGUUAUUGACAAAAUCAGUUCGAUAUUUAAGUAAGAGUUCGAACAAUACCAAUAUCUGCAAAUGUAAGCUUGUAAGAGGUUUUGGGGGAAGAUGGUUUCAAUAAAAUGGAAGGAUUCAGUAUAUCAUCCCAUCCUCUAGCUUUGUAGCUAAUCUCUGUGUAAUAGUUCGGCUUUCGACAUCUUCAAUAAGAGUUGUUUUGCAUUUUCUUCUCA